AGUGUGAGCAUUAUGCAGAGGCAGGGGUGAUUUACUGCAUCUCUGAAGCUCUCUUUCCUGUCUCUGUGCUGCUUCACUGCAUGCACACUGGCUGCUCCUACCUCCUCCCUCCCUUGUUUCUCUUCCACUGCCUGGGAUCAGCAGUCUUCAAUGAAGAAAGCCUGGCAAAGAUGCUUGAAAGAGCUACAUGGACACAAUCUAAGCAAGAUAGCAUAGCGUGCUGUAACCUAGAGAUGCUGCAAGACUGAAGACUAGCUCCUGUCAUACUGACAUUUCUCUACAGUCAUAUUGGCUGAGUGCAGGAAUAGAAUCAAUGGUGUUUCUGAGUCAUUCAUUCCCAAACUGCAGACCUAGGAUGAUACUGUGCUGCAUUUUGAUGUAGAAGAAAUCCUGUGUUUGUUUAAACGUCUGAUAGCAGCAGGAUGUUGCUUGAGUGAAGGAAGGAGAGAAGAGAGCCCAGCUGCAUGCAUGGAUGUGUUUGGCUUUGCUAAGAUUGCGAAGCUAUCCAGCUCAGGUGCGCUACAAGAAGCUGCAAUCACCAAAACUCAGAAAUAUCAGCGCGAUCUACAGUGUCACUUUCCGGCUUGGCAUCACUGUGAGGAAGAAAACCUUGAUCUCUCUACACUUCAAAGAUCCAGUCACAGAGCAAAGUCUUCAGGGUGGUCUCCACACACUGGGACCUGGAGUUUGCCUCAGGGUCCACCUUAUGGAUGGGAGAUGGCGACAAACAGAGACGGGAGAGACUUCUUCAUCAGUCACUUGACACAAGCAGCGACAUUUGAAGAUCGAAUUGAAAGCUGCCAAAUCAACCCUCCCACGCCUAGGAACGUAGAAAUGAGGAGAGAUCCAGUUCUUGGUUUUGGGUUUGUUGCUGGAAGUGAAAAACCAGUUGUUGUCCGUUCAGUAACACCAGGUGGACCAUCUGAAGGAAAAUUAGUCCCUGGAGAUCAGAUCAUUAUGAUAAAUGAGGAACCGGUGAGCAGUGCUCCAAGGGAACGGGUGAUCGACCUUGUCAGAAGCUGCAAGGAAUCCAUACUCCUUACAGUAGUGCAGCCGUACCCGUCACCAAAGUCAGCGUUUAUUAGUGCUGCGAAAAAGGCAAGGUUGAAGUCUAAUCCAGUAAAAGUUCGGUUUUCAGAGGAAGUUAUAAUCAACGGGCAGGUCUUGGAAACCGUAAAGGACAAUUCUCUUCUUUUUAUGCCAAAUGUCCUUAAGGUAUAUUUAGAAAAUGGACAAACCAAAUCAUUUCGUUUUGAUAGUGGUACUUCUAUAAAGGAUGUUAUAUUAACACUCCAAGAAAAGCUUUCAAUAAAGUGCAUUGAACACUUUUCCUUGAUGCUGGAGCAAAGAACUGAAGGAGCUGGAACCAAACUUCUUUUGUUACAUGAGCAGGAGACACUAACCCAGGUGACUCAGAGGCCCAGCUCGCACAUGAUGAGAUGCCUGUUUAGAAUCAGUUUUGUUCCAAAGGAUCCAAUUGAUUUACUCCGCAGGGAUCCAGUUGCCUUUGAAUAUUUAUACGUGCAGAGUUGCAAUGAUGUUGUUCAAGAAAGAUUUGGACCAGAGCUGAAAUAUGAUAUUGCACUGAGACUAGCAGCGCUACAAAUGUACAUUGCAACAGUCACCACUAAGCAAACACAGAAAAUCUCUCUGAAAUACGUUGAAAAAGAAUGGGGAUUGGAGACUUUCCUUCCGUCUGCCGUAUUACAAAGCAUGAAGGAAAAGAAUAUAAAGAAAGCGCUGUCACACCUUGUCAAAGCUAAUCAAAACCUGGUCCCUGCAGGCAAAAAGCUGUCUGCUCUACAAGCCAAAGUGCACUAUCUGAAGUUUCUUAGUGACUUGCGCUUAUAUGGUGGACGUGUAUUUAAAGCAAAAUUGAUUCAGGGAGAAAAACAUUCAGAUGUUACCUUGUUAGCUGGGCCAAGAUAUGGCAUCAGCCAUGUAAUCAACACAAAAACCAACCUAGUAGCACUGCUGGCAGAUUUCAGCCACGUCAAUCUGAUAGAAAUGUAUACAGAAGAUGAUGUUACAGUUCGAGUGGAGCUUCAUGUUCUUGAUGUGAAACCUAUAACGCUGCUUAUGGAAUCAUCUGAUGCUAUGAAUCUAGCCUGCUUAACAGCAGGUUAUUACCGACUCUUGGUCGAUUCAAGACGUUCAAUUUUUAAUGUGGCAAAUAAAAAUACAGCCAACAGAGAAGCAGGAAAUGAAAUACGAACUAAACUUAACUAUCAUGAUUGUGAUUGGAAUUACUUACCCAAAUCAACCAUCUUUGCUUAUGAAGAAAAUCAGGAAGUGCAACAAAUAUAUACAGACUUGAAACAACGAAAUGUUGAUAUUUCCGAUAGUCCGCUAUGUCAUAAUGACCGUCGGAGUUUGUACAUAGAGUCUGCAUUUAAUUCAGGAGAACUUGAUCAGCAGUUAACCAAACAGUGUGACCAUAUAGAUUUAGAAAACAGCCUCAGUGUAAGCCAGACAUCAUUGGUAUCUUACUCUGGACUGGACCACUCUAGCAUAGCACAAGAUUCUCCCAGGAGUGCAAAAGUGUCUUUUAUAUUUGGCAAUCACGACCUGGAUCCCAUAAACCCACAGACACUUGGCUAUGAAAGACUGAUGGAUGAAAGCCCUGACAUGUUAGACAAACAAAAUGUAAUUUACUUAAAUAAUGCCAAUGACAUUAAAGACUUAGACUUGACAUCGGAUGCUGAAAGCAUCCAUUUUGCUGCUAAUGCGGUUUAUGCAAAUAUAUCUGAGAGUAAAAUUUUUGGAAAUGCCGAAGGGAUUGAAGAGCCUCUAUUACAUGAUAUUUGUUAUUCUGAAACGACAGACGAUGUUGAGGAUGAGGAUGAGGCAAGUUGCGAAGAAGAUGCUAUCGUGCCAGAAGAUAAUAGAAAAGAUAUUCUUAGCAUGUCAGGAUCCAGCGAUGAUAUCAUUGAUCUGACCUCACUUCCACCACCAGAAGGGGAUGACAAUGAAGAUGAUUUCUUGUUGCAUUCUUUGAAUAUGGCUAUUGCUGCUCCUCCUCCUGGAUUCAGAGACAGCUCUGAUGAAGAGGACUGUCAGGGUCCAUCUGCUUCUGCUGUCAGUAUGUCUAAUGAUGACAUUCCGGUGUCUCUUAUUGAUGCUGUUCCAACCAGUGCAGAUGAAAAAAGUGAACCAACCCUAGAAGAUGCAGUGGUUUCAAAUCUUCAAGCGAUGCAAGAUUUGGCUGUCUCAGAAGAAAGCCAAGCUGAUGACACCUCAGGUGUAACAAUGCUGAGGGCAUACAGUCCUGAGUCUUCCUCGGAUUCUGGCAAUGAAACUAACUCCUCGGAAAUGACAGAGAGUUCAGAACUGGCUUCGGCACAGAAACAAACAGAAAACACAUCCCAUGCAAUGAUGCAGAGCAGUGAUGGCCAUCAGAGUCUGAUGGCAGAACAGACUGACAUGUCUUUAGCGAAGAACCAAACUGGAUGUAUAUCUGUAAGACUCUCAUCUUCUUUAACAAAUCGACAGGCCAUGGAACUUCAAUCAAAAGCUGUGCCUUCAAAACAAAUGCUUCAUUCUGAUAACAUAGAAAUGGAGCCAGAAACCAUGGAGACAAAAUCGGUCAGUGACUACUUUAACAAAACACAAAUGGAAUCUUUGGUGUAUGCUUGCAAAAGGAAAAAUAAGCCUGAUACAGAAACAAAAACGCACUUUGAUGUAAACGUUACAGUUAAAAAGCAAGUAGGUAAACGACCAGAAACUGAUGGCGAAUUAAAAGCAAAAUUUGAAACACUUCCUCCAAAGGACUGUCAGCACCUAAGUAAUUUUAAUUUGGAAAGAACUUCUUUUCGGAAAGACAAUCAAAGAUGGUAUAACACCACUGAGAAGGGAGCACUAGAGAAAGUACCAGCCGGUACAGUGUAUGUUAAGACGCUGCCAAGGCUAUCUGGGCUAGGAAAAAUGGAAACUGAUGGCAAGGAUGAUGUACACGCUGAAAAUGCUCUUUCUAAACAAGAGGAUAUUUUUAUUCCCAAUGCAGCUUUCAUUUCUUCUUCCAAAGAAAGUGGUGACUCUGAAGUUGAUAAUACAUCUGCAGAACAUAUUUCUAAGCUAGUAGACACAGAACAGAGCAUAAAUAGGAUUUGUGAGUACCACAUCGCCAAGAACAUGUCAUCGUUUCAAAGCGAAGGACAUUUUUCUCUUCAAAGUUCCCAGUGCUCUUCUGUGGAUGCAGGCUGCAGUACAGGUAGCAGCUCAUGCGCGACUCCUGUUGAGUCUCCACUGUGUACUUCUGAUGUUAAACGUAUUCUCUCUGAUGCAUCAGUAAAGAGUGGGAGUUAUCUAAGCUCAGAUGAAAGACAGACUAUGCUAACAAAUCAUGGGGCAUCAUAUUCAGAACUGCAUCAACAAGGUGACACCACUAGUCACAGGACAAGUGGAACUGGUGCACAUACGUCAGUGAAUGCAGACCCAUUGUUUGGAACCUUGAGAGAAGGAUGUCAUCGGACUUCCAAGAUUAAAGAAACCACAGCUUUGACAGAGCCUGCUAAAGGACGAAGAGAUGGCAUGUCUGAAGCUACACUUAAACACCUGAAAGGGGACCCUACUGCAUUAUCCUGCAUUUGCUCAGAAUCAAAUGUGCCAACUCAGAAUCAAGACUCUCUCUAUUCUCACCAACGGAACCAGGCCUGUGCUGCAGAUAUAAACUCACAGUCACACCAGUAUGAGAUGUCCGGUGGAAGCCUAAAAAUGCCACAUAACAGAAAAGUACUGAGACGCAGCAGCAGUGUCAUAACCAGAUCUUCAGGCAUGGAGGCAACCGACAAGAAAAUUUCUUCAAUAAGCCUGUGCUUGGAUGGAAUAGAGACAGAAUCUUCCCGAUCUGAAAAAAGAUUUGAGCUUCCACUGGGAAAAAAAUUAUCAAAAAGUUGCUCCCAUAGUUCUGUGACCUCGAUCAGUGAAAGUAAGGAUAGCAGAAGGUCUGCUACUGCCGGUUCUAUGCAAAAGGUACAAAAACAAUCUAGGUCUUUGCCUUUGUUGAAGCUAGAUGCAAGUAACUGGAAGUGCAGAGGGCCCUUUAGUUAUUGCUUCCAAAACAGGGGAAAUACUGGCGAUGAAGAAGAGGAUGAGUGUGAAGAGAUAUACAAUGGGAAUAACAAUGAAAAUAAAGAACUAUCAUGUGUGUACUUACCACAAUCACCACCAGUGGAAGUGCAAAAAGGAGAUCAGGUUUCAUCCACACAGAGCGGAAGUCAAGAUGUAGAAUCUCCCAGAGCCACUAUAUUAAUAGCCACAAAACCUACUGAGGAUGAUCAGGCUGUUCGGCAAAUGAAGUUGGAUGUCCAGAAUAUGGCAUUUGAUGAAAAGAUUACCAGAAUAAAUGCACUAAAAGAAAAAGUUUAUUCAGUACCUGAUGGAUUCAAUGCUGCUCAAAGAGAUGCUAAUGAGUUACUUUGCCUAAUACGAUCAAAUCUCAGUGGAAAGGGGGAAGAAGAAAGAUUAGAUACAUAUGACCAGGAGCUGUCUCAGUAUAAACAACGUUUGUCCGUGGAAUCAAGACAGCUAGGAAGUGCCUGCAGGAAAAUGGCCGCCACAGACAAGGACCCGGAAGAAAUGCUAUCAGCUAUGACUUCAAGCUUUCAAAUUCUCUGUUGUUUGACAGAAGCUUGCAUGCGAUUAGUGAAAGCAGUGAACUCUGAAACACAGCAACAAGAAAUUGUAGCAAAAAUAGAUGAGGUGGUAUUGAACUACAUUUGUUUGUUGAGAGCCGCAGAGAGCACAUCAGUGAAGAUGUUCAAUGAUCCUAGUGUUAAACUUAUGGCUCGACAUUCUAGUACUAUGGCUGCCGUUGUAAGCACACUAACACGUUCUCUUAAAAUGCUUUUGAACAAAUAAAUUAAGAUAGUCAUGUCAUAAACUACCUUAACAAAGCCAUACAUUAAACAUUUUCCAUGUGUAUAGACCAAUGUAAAUAGCAUAACCUUCUUAACUUCCAAAACCCAUUUUGUUCCUCCUUUUGACAUCGAACCUAGAGAAUAUCUCAAAUGCUGAUGUAAUGCAACCUCCUGCAAGAACUAAGCCUUCAGGAGCCUAAUGAACCUUGAUUACUUAUCUUGCAUUAUCUGCAGGCACAUUAUGUUAACAUUUAACCCUUGCUGCAUCUUCCACUUUUCCUCCCAGACAAGUCAUACUAGAGAUAGGAAAUUGAAUCAUACUGUAAAUAGACAGUAUUUAAUAUUUUAAAUUAUAAUUUUUAAGAUCUGAAAAUUAUGAAAUAUGUUUCAAUUCAAAGAACGUAUUAUGGUU